AUGGAGUUUGUAUCAUUACUAGUGUUGCUUAUAUCUUUUAUUAUUAUUGUUGAUGGUCAUUAUUUUGUAUACUAUUCUGAUGAUCGAUAUGGAUUUAAUGCAACAUUUGAUUGUUUAUAUGCCUAUUCAGGAGAUCUAUCAGCAGAUACAACGUUAGUAUCUACUGUUGAUUACAGUUUAAUUCCUUAUUGUCGACGACUUGAUGAAACUGACGAGGAAGAAAAUUUCACUAUUAUAUCGUACGAGAAUAUUUUAAAUAACAUGACGUUUACUGAAUUAUAUCGACAAGGUAUAACAAGUACGCAAUUACUCGCAUGGUCAGUACCAAUCGAUAUUAUCGAACGAUAUGAAAAAAACGGUCAAAAUUCGAAUGAAAUAUUUUAUAACUGUUCCUUACCAUGGUUUGGUUCAACGUGUCAGUAUAGAUUUGAAUCUGCUAUAUUACCUUCAUUUAAUGAAGUUCUUCAAUUUCAUUAUAGUACUAAUGGUAUACCUUCGACAUACAUCUAUUCGAAUACAUGUUAUCCAUUUUUACCUGACUGUUAUCGUGGUCCAUCACCGAUGUGUCUUGAUUGGCAUGAAAUUUGUGAUGGAUAUUUUGAUUGUCUCAAUGGAGAAGAUGAGCAAUUAUGUGACAUAUUAGAAGUGAAUGAAUGUUUCGAGAAUGAAUUUCGUUGUCACUUCGGUGGUCAAUGUAUUUCGUCCGCAUUUCUUCGUGAUGGAAAAGCAAGUACUGAUUGUCUUGAUGGUUCAGAUGAAAUCUAUCCGAUAAAAUACUCACGAUACGUAACUGACAGCCUAUGUACACGCGUAUCAACAUUCCACUGUGAAGAACUCAAUGAUCGACGUUCUCUUGUAUUAUUUCCAUGUAAUGGUUGGAUAAAUUCCUCGAUUUGGACAGAAUCUACAACAAAAAACAUUCAUAUCUGCACUAAUAAUCGAUAUUAUUAUAUGUUUUUUAAUGUUUUCACUUCGUUAGAUCACAUUUCAAACGUAUUAUGUAAACAAGCAUUCUACUGCUCACUUCGUUUCAGUACCAUUUUUGAAUUUAAAUAUAAUGAUACAAGCAAAAAUGGAUGUGAAUUUCUUGCUAAUCAUUGUCAAUCGGAAUGGCUUGUAUUGCCUAAAUAUCAUUUUAUAUAUGGCUUAUUUCAAUUUGUUUAUUUAACGAAUCGAUCAUUUGAUGAAUUUAAGGUUAAUAUUGCGCCUGAUUUUAUCUGUUUUAAUGCAAGUCAUUGUCCUGGAUUAGUAUAUUGUUCAAUAGAUAUUGGCAUGCAUAACGGACUCACAUGUUGUAAAAUGAAUAAUCUAAUAAAUAGAAUAUUAGGCAGUUGGAUUCAUUUGGAUGAGAUUUUGAUCGAUCUUAGUCAACGUUGUUUAACAAUUGGUACAGAUCAAGUAUGUUCACAUUCAUCCUUGUUUCAUUGUCCACGUUCAUUAAAAUGCAUUUCAAAACAUCGAUUAGUUGAUGGUUAUCGUGAUUGUUAUUACAAAGAAGAUGAAUUAUUUCCUGCUUGUCAAUCAAAUGAUUCGAAACGUUUUAUAUGUGCAUCUAAUCCGGAAAAAUGUUUAUCAAUAGUUGCUACUGACAAUGGAAUAAAGGAUUGCGAACAGGGAGAUGAUGAACAGCUUGAACGUCGACUAGAUAUUCGAAGUAAUUUUGUACCAUUUGCAAUAUUUUGCGAUGGAGAAAAGGAUUUAUUUUCAAUGGAUGCAUUCAAUAAUACAGACGAAACGAAUUGUGAUUGGUGGCCAUGUAAGAAUCCAUACUCUCGAUGUGAUAACGCUUGGCAUUGUUUGAAUGGUGCUGAUGAAUUGAAUUGUCCAAAUGCACGUUGUUCAUUAAACGAACACAUAUGUCUAAAUUCAGAAUCUGACAAUGGUAAGUGUAUACCAUUUCUCCAUUUAAUGGAAGAAUUUACAUAUUUUAAAACACAUUCAAAACGCCAAGUCCUGUUUACUAAUAUAACGAAUGAUAAGUUAGGAGACUGCUUCUUAUGGAAUCAAACGAAAUGUAUUACUGCAGAAUAUUUUAGUGAUCCUCCAUUGAUUCCAUCAAUAGUUCAUGAUGAUAAUUGUUUUAUACAAACCAAACUACCUCCGGCGUUUAAUAUUCCUACUAAUCUGCCGUUAUAUAGUCAUGGAAUGUGCACUCUUGUAAACAAAGAUUACUUUAAAAGAAAACCAAAACAAUUUCUUCAAACAUUUGGAUUAAGUUAUUUUCCAUCAAUUUCUAUUAAUUCUUCGGUUCCACAACUAUCUCAAGUAGAUGUUAAUAUAAGUACUUCAAUGCAAAAAGUUAAACGCGAUUGGUAUUGUAAUCGAGGAAUUCCUCUUCUAUCCAAAAACAGCCAUACAAAAAAAUGUCUUUGUCCUCCAUCUUAUUUUGGUCAUCGAUGUCAUUUACAAAAUCAACGUAUUAGUUUAACGCUUCAAUUGAUAUAUCGUACGAUUACAGAUAAUAUACAUUCUUUUCAAUUAGUAAUCAUGCUUAUCGAUGAUCAAGAAACAAUUUAUUCGUAUCAUGAACAAAUUACAUACGUACCUAAACGUGAUUGUCUAAAGAAAUUUAAUAUAUAUUUACUUUAUCCUCAUCGACCCAAAAAUCUUUCAAGUAAUUAUUCAAUACGUAUUGAUAUCUUUAAUAAAAUUACAUUAACAUAUUGGGCAAGUUGGUAUCUAUCAAUUCCUUUUCAGUUUUUACCUGUUAAUCGAAUUGCUACACAAUUAUUUAUUCCAAUUACUACACAACAAUUCGAAUCAUCAUGCAAAUUAUCUUGUGGAAAACAUGGUCGAUGUAUGCCAUAUGUUAAUAAAAAUUCUUCGUAUUUUUGUCAAUGUGAUCAAGGUUAUUCGGGUCGUUAUUGUAAUAUUCAACAUUCUUGUUCUUGUUCAUCAGAUUCAUUUUGUCUUACUUCGUCUAUUUGUUUAUGUUCAAUGAAGAAAUUCGGUCGAAACUGUCAUAUAACACGUUCAGUUUGUCAAUCAUUAAAUAAUUCAUGCGAAAAUAAUGGAUUAUGUAUACCAGUCGAUGAUCGUAUCAAUGUAAAUGAUUUUACUUGUUUAUGUAAGGAAAAUUUCUAUGGAAAACGAUGUGAAAAUCAAACUGAAGAUGAAAUUUAUAUUGAAUUAAAUGAAAAAAUGAUUCAACAAGUUUCAAUUAUAUUUAUUCAUUAUAUCAAAGCAUUUGAUCAUUCAGAACAUCAACAUAUAACAGAAAUAAAAAAGAUUAAAUACGGAGAAAACACAAUACAAAUUCACGUAAAACCACAAUUUCAUAUUCUUUUUAUUGAACUUUUAAAAAACGAUUAUUAUUUAAUUAUUAAACAAGAAACUAUUCAAAAAUUAAAUCAUAUUCAAAUGAAAUUAUCAUCAAAUCAACAAUGUGUUUCGAUACAUGAAUUAAUGAAUUCUACUUUAAAAUCUUAUAAUUAUCUUCAUCGUAUUAAAUAUUAUCCUCAUUUAUGUCGACAAUAUAAACAAUUAAUAUGUUUUUAUGAUGAAACAUAUAUGUGUAUAUGUGAUCUUGAUCGAUUUUCAAAUUGUUUUA